AGCGUCACAACGUUCAUCUUACGCUAACAUUCAAUUCAAUACCAUCUAUUUCCUUUCCGAUUUUUUCUAAAAUCUCUCAUUUUCUCAUUUCCCUUCUUCUUCUUCUUCAACCCUCAUUCUCAAUCAUUCGUUCUUCUUCCACGCUUCUGACUCAGUUUCGGUUAUCAUGGCUUCGAAACGUAUCUUGAAGGAGCUCAAGGAUUUGCAGAAGGAUCCUCCAACAUCAUGCAGUGCAGGUCCUGUGGCUGAAGACAUGUUUCACUGGCAAGCCACGAUCAUGGGACCGUCUGAUAGUCCGUAUACGGGCGGUGUUUUCCUUGUUUCGAUACAUUUUCCUCCUGACUAUCCUUUCAAGCCACCAAAGGUUGCUUUUAGGACCAAGGUAUUCCACCCAAACAUCAACAGCAAUGGUAGCAUAUGUCUCGACAUUCUCAAAGAACAAUGGAGUCCAGCACUAACCAUUUCCAAGGUUCUUUUGUCAAUUUGCUCAUUGUUGACGGACCCCAACCCUGACGAUCCACUUGUGCCUGAAAUUGCACACAUGUACAAGACGGACAGGGCCAAGUAUGAGGCCACAGCCCGCAGCUGGACACAGAAGUAUGCCAUGGGAUGAUCAUGCAUGUCCGAGCUGUUCAAUUAAAACAGCAAUGUCAUAAUUUUAUGUAAAAGAGCUACAGAUAUUUUGAAUGAAUUUUAAUGCUUUCUUUAUUGUUUAGUGGAACUCAAAGCUGGCAAUGGAUCCCAGUUAUGAUUUGUGAAUAUUGCUUUGUAAGACACCUGUGAUUGAGGAAACUGUAAUGAUAUGCAAUCUUUCUGCUUGUUGGUA